UCAUGUAGCCAAUCACUAUCGACCGUGUUUAUAUCGACAACCUGCCAAAUAAUGCUGUUCAAUGUUGACAAACAUGCCACCGAAAUGACGUGGUGUGCAAUAAUUGGUUGUGUGUCAAAUUUUUCAAUUUGAUAGCUGAUAAGUUAUAUGGGAAUUUGUAAAUAAUGAAUUUUAGUACUCGUAGUUUAUGAAGUGUCUACGUGAACACAAUGGUUCCGUAUUUUGCCCUCGUGCUACUAUUUGUUUUUGAGGCUGAAAGUGAUGUCCGGAGUUUUGAUGACACUGUACUGUACAAAAUUAAUUGGCUCGGGAGAGAUGAACAGAAUAUUUUGGACGCACAGCUGCCCGAGGCGGACGCGAUGCUCGUGACGACGCAGAGCGACGAGCGGUACAAGUGCCAGCUGCCGCGGACGCAGGAGAAGGCAACGGGCGCGGUGGAGACCUACAGCGGCCCGACUGCCCUGGAACUGCUGCGGACGCUGUUUGAGCAGCAGCACUGCUCCUACCGGCUGGAGUCGUACUGGACGUACGAGGUCUGCCACGGCCGCUACAUCCGGCAGUACCACGAGGACAGGGAGGGGAAGAAGGUCAAGGUGCAGGAGUUCAACCUCGGCAAGUGGGACAAGUCGGACGCCGCUCGGAUCAACGAGUGGGAGCGGGCGCUGAUGCGGGACGGCCGCCCGGCCCCCCGCAAGAAGGUGGACUCGGCGGAGACGCCCUACCUGCAGCUCAACAUGACGGGCGGUACGAUGUGCGACCUGAGCGGGCAGGCGCGCCUCACGGCCGUGCUGUACGUGUGCCACGCCCGGGCCAAGCACGAGGUGGUCACCUUCAAGGAGGUGUCCACCUGCGAGUACGAGACCGUGGUGCUGUCGCCGCUGCUGUGCGGCCACCCGCUCUUCAGGCCCCAAGAGUCCGACGAGAACCCGAUAAACUGCUUUGCGCUGGAAGGGACGCCGAAGAAGCCCAGGAACCUGGUGGCCAUGGAAGCGGAGAGCAUCAAGCUGCGACACCAGAAGUACACCGAUGAAAAGUUGCAGAAGAUAUAUGCUAUUUUCUCAGUAAACAGAGGCGAGCCAGGACAGGACGGGGAGCCGCAGGUGGUGAAGCUGGAGAUCCGGCCGCUGGAGGUUCCGGACGGCCACGGCGGCGACGGCGUGGUGGGGACCCUGAGGCCGGCCGCGCCGUCCCCCGCCCAGGACGUGUCGCCCGCCGCCAGCUUCCUGUCCGGCAAGGACUGCCUGCAGGGGGGGAGCGGCUGGUGGAAGUACGAGUUCUGCCACGGGGACAAGGUGGAGCAGUUCCACGAGGAGCGCGACGGCAGCCGCGUCACCAUCAGCCUGGGGCGCUUCGACCGGGACGAGCACCUGCACUGGCUCGAGCGCAACCCGCACAAGCGGCCCCGGCCGCUGCCCGGCCGCAGGCACGUGUCGCACUUCUACUCGGGCGGCGACUGGUGCGACAAGGCGGAGAAGCCCCGCCAGACCGAGGUGAGGCUGAAGUGCGUGGAGAACGAGUCAGGGGCAUCCGUCGCCCUGUUCCUGCUGGAGCCCCACACCUGCGAGUACGUCCUGGGGGUGGAGUCCCCCUUGGUGUGCGGGCUCUUGCCCCGCGUCGGCCCCGACGGCCUGUUUGAGGCCGAGCCGGAGGACGACGGGGCGGUCGUCUCCUCGGAGGACGACGCGGCUGGCACCCUCGCCAGCGGGGACGACUAGGCCCCGCCGCGACCCGCGGACUCUAGCUUCCUGCUCAGCGGCGUUCUAGUUUGAAUCAAAUACGAAUAUCAAAAUUCGAACUGUAAGAAUGAGAAUUAUAAACCCCCCGCAAAAAUUUUUAUUUCACUAUACACAACAAUUACACAGUGAAAAGAAAAAAAGUAAACGUGUAGCGUGUAGCGUCUUUAGGGAAAUUAGACGAAUAACACUAAAGUGAAAGGUUGGUGGUUGGAUUAAGUCAGCUGCGACAGGUAAUCAUGGGCAAAAUUUUGUUGAAAUAUUCGAAAUUUUUUGAAAGAAAAAUUUUAAAUUAAUAUUUUUCCAUGGUAUUCGAUACAGGAUCAGAAAAAGAGAAAUUAUUUUAAUAAACAAUGAAAAGGGAAUAUAUAAGGGAAGUGCAGUAUGUGAAGAUACUUUUAGAGGGUGGGUUUAAAAAGAAUGUACAGUGUGCAUCUUUAUCUUAGAGUAGCCAGGGGUUGGGUAUUUAGGGGUUCAACCCCCCCCCCCCCCCCCCCCUAGCACCAAAUCUUGAAUUAAUUUCUUAUUCAUCACCCAAACAAUUUUCAUAUUAAAAUCAAUAACAUUUUUACCAUUACAAUAUUUAAAUUUAAGUACCAAAAACUGCUAAAAUAGCACUAUUUUACACCUUGAAAUCCAAAUUUUCCUGGGGGAGGACCCCUGGACCCCCCCACUUUAAUAAGGGGUGGGGUGGGGGGGGCGCGCUUGCUUCUUAACACCCCCCAUACACAAAUCCUGGCUACGCCACUGUAUUAUGCUAUGAGUUUCUUGAGAAUGGUGAAUGUUGGAUUAAGCACUUGCAGUUUAAGAAUUUUUUAUUUUUUUUAUUUUAAGAAACACAAUUACAGCCAAGAAGUUGCUUGGUGUCAAAUAACUUUUAAAAAAAAAACAGUUCUUUUUGUUCAACAAGUUUCCUGUAUUUGUUAUCCAAAUGCGGUUCUUCUGUUAUUUUUUUUCUGUGCUAUCAAAAUGUUUUCACCCAUGCACCGGUCUGUCUCAUAUACCUAUGUAUGUGCAUAGUACAUGUUUAUAACGUGAAUAUAUAUAAUACACACACGCAUACGGUACAUACUAAACAUUCUUAUUUCUCCUAAAAAUAAAGCUGCCCCCCAUCUCGCAACAUUUGACAGUUUGUCAAAAGAACUCGCAUUUGUAUUUGAUUCAAAGCAUUGAUAGAUAUUGUUGCUUUUUUCUUCUUCCUUCUUUUAAAACUUUGGUAAAACAAUUUGUGUGUUAAAUCGACAGCUGGGAGUGUGUUUUUUUUUGUGAAAAUUAACUCGGAAGAUGGCGACUUUUCCUUGUCUGUGAUAAGUGAUUCAUAUUACCAAAAUUGUGUUACAAAUUACUGUUUGAAGUUCAGUUGAAGAGGUACAUUUGUUGUAAAAUGAAGGCAUGUUUUUUAAAGUGUGAAGGUUGUUUUUUUUCCUGAAUGCAAAAGUUCUGCUGUUUGUUCAGUAUGUUUUGAUUUGAAUACAUAAUUUGGAUGAUAAAUAUUUAUACAAAUUGAAAUCAUGAUCCAAAAGAGUAAUGUUGGUAUAAAUAAACGUAAUUAAUAUCCAA